CGAAAUUCUCUUUAAUUAAUAAUGUUAUACAGAAUUUUCUAAUCUGAAAACCAACCACUGGGAAUGUAUUUCCUCAUUAAUAUGCAUUGCCUAUCAAAACCAGUAGGAUUAAAGUGUCGGGACCGGAUUCCAUCCGCUAGUUUGAGUCAGCCGUCCGUACCUACAACAUAUAUAUAUAUAUAAUAGAGCCACACAUCACAAGCCAUACAAUUCACUGCCCAACUCAAGAUUUCAAUUUUAGUGAGAAGGAAGACGAAAUUUCAAUCAGUUGGCAAUAUGGCAGAAGAGUUCCUCCAAGGGGGAGUAAGCUGGUGGAAUUCGCCGCGAAAUCUCUUCAGUUGGUCGCCAUGCUCGUUGGCGUCCAACGACGGCUGGCCGACCACAAGUGUACGCUCAAGCGAUGAAUCCGCCGCCUCCGACGGAAGCAGCUCCCUAGUAAUACAAGAUCACCAGCCGCCUCCCGACGCCGCCAUGAUGGGACUCGGUCUUUCACCCUCGGACGCCUGGAAUCAAGAUUUGCUCCGAGAUAGCGGAAGAUCAGAGGACAACUAUUCUAACUUGUUGCUCGAUUCAACCACCACUCAAAUAAAGAAUUUCAGUGGAGAAGAUUCAUCCAUGAAGCAAGCGAAUCAAUGUUUUGGUUCAGCUGAAUCCUAUAGCUACGCUUCAUCCUUGUUGCAGACUCUGUUCGAUACAGAUUCUCAACCCCACCCAUCUUUAUUAGAUCAUCAAACGGCAUUGAGUUACUCCUCGGUUGCUGCCGCAGAUGCUCAUCAGAUUAAUUCAAAUGGAUUCUUGCCUAAACCCUCUCCCACUGCUAAUCGCUUAUGGAAUGCAUCUCCCACUUUCCCACCAUCUGAUCACUUCUUUCCGUCAUCUCUCACCAAUCAGAUUCACAGCAUCGCUACUAAGCAGCAUGAACAAGGCAGCAAGGACUUAGCCGCCACGGUGGUGAAGAAAGCAAACAACGAACCCGCAUUUAAACGUCCACGAAUCGAAACUCCGUCCCCGUUGCCAACCUUUAAGGUCCGAAAAGAAAAACUUGGUGAUAGAAUCACCGCCCUACAGCAGUUAGUUUCACCUUUCGGAAAGACUGAUACUGCAUCGGUCCUCCACGAAGCUAUCGAGUACAUCAAGUUUCUCCACGAUCAAGUCAAUGCAUUAAGCACGCCAUACUUGAAAUACGGAGCUCCACCGGUGCAGCGCCAGCAGGCUGCAGGAGACAAAGAUAAGGAUGAAGAAAAGGACCUCAAAACUCGAGGACUGUGCCUCGUCCCUAUAUCGAGCACCUUCCCCGUUGCAGCCGAGACUACCUCAGAUUUCUGGACACCAACAUUCGGUGGAAGCUUCAGAUAGAUAUAUUUCAUCAAAAAAAAAAAAAACAAUAAUGUAAGAUAUGGAUACGGCAAGAAUGAAGGCAGUGAUAUACAUGUAUUGAAGAAAAGCAAGAAAAAGGGAAAGCGAGAAAAAGGAGAAAAAAAAAAAACGAAGUGACUGUCCAAGGAAGACAGCGCAGCGCAUGCUGGGCCACAUCUUGGAAAGAAAGACAACCAAUAUGAUAGCAUAGAACUAAUUAAUGUAACAUUUUCAUGAAAUUGUAAUAAAAUACUUGUAUUACAAUUCAUCAAGAGGAGGUUAAGGAAAAAGGAACUAGAACAGAUGCUAAAUUUAGCUUUUAGUCUAGUACUUUAUAUGGAGUAGUUUUUUAGAAGAUAAUUGAUGUGCAUUAUCGAUCGGUUUGAGGUGAAUUUAGCAGCUUAGUUAAUUAUUAA